AUGGCUUCGGCAUCGCGCGUGCCGCUUCUAGUCAAGAGCAAGGGUCGCAAAACACCCCGAGGGUCGAUAGCGCCACGGACGAAGCCUUCUAGUGGUCCUCGCGCGAGCCGGGUCGCACCUUUGGACAAUGACAAGCUUCCAGAUGGUAAAGAUAAAGUUCUGGAGGUUAUUGAGACUGGAGUUGAUGCUAAAAAUCGUCUUAGUAGACGACAGAAGGAGGUGAAAAGUGCAAGCGCAGAGGAGUCGGUUCAAGUGACGAUUACGGAGGAGCAAGGAGCAGAUUUGAAGUCUGUAGGUUCUGUGGAAUCCGUGACGGUAUCAAGUACAGUGGUGAAGUCGUCGAAAGUAGUUGGGGAGUCUGCUGCAGCUAAGAAUAUACCCGCCUUCGAGGGGGCAUCAAGGUCACCUGCUGUGCAGCCACGACGAGCUGGAGAGAUUUCGGUCGGUGACUCGUUGUCUGCGGCACUGCCGUCCAGUACAGCGUCAUCGAGCCCUCAGAAACAGCAGAUAUCUGUUGCGCGCCCGCCUUCCGUGCUGCCAGUGCAUCGCCGUGAUGACAGGCUUGCAAAGAUCACGUCAGCCGGACCGGUAUAUCGAGAAAGUCCCGUGAUGCGCCCACGUGCUGGUAGUAUUGGAAUGCCGCCGACGAGGCGUUCACGUGAUGUGAGUAUUGGCAGAUCUCCAUCAGAGGAACCGCAACAUUCAUUGACACAGAGACUUGUCCGGAAGCUGGAAGUGAAGCCGCACCAGUCGCCUCGUCGUUCUGCCAUGCAGAAAGAAAGUCUACGCACAAUAGAUGAACCUACGUCGCCACUGACGCUUGGAAGUAAAACGUUGGGGGAAGUUCCUGAUCUGGACCUCGAUGAACAGCAGUCGCAAGAUGUGCCAACUACGAAGACCACUCGCGCGCGGGCGGUAUCUGCUAAGAAAAGAUCGGGAAAGCGGCGUCACGUCGGUAAAACUGCACCCGCACAGAUCGGCGCUAACGCUAGCGUACCCCGACGUCGACCAUUGGGGCGAAAAGCCAAGCGUUCGACUUGCCGUAAGACAGAUGGUAGUAGCAGUUCGGAAAAUGAGUUGGAUGAUGAUCGGGAUGAAGAUGUAAAUCCAAGUGACUUCGAUCUCCCGGAGGAGGCGACAAAGAUCUACGUACCUGCACGAGAGCGGGCGACAAUGUGGGCCAAAUCCAUUCUAAGCAAUGACGAGGAAGACAAGGAUGGGUACGAUUUGGAGGAGGCUGAUCCCUCGCGAGCGAUAGUACUGCGAGCGAAGAAAUCAGGACGUAAACUACCUAGCAAGCCAAAAGCGUCGUCAGUGUCAUCGGGUUUGACAGGAAUCGGGAGCAGUAUGAUUUCACGUUAUAAGAUGGAGGAGCUCAUGAAGAAAGAGCCAUCUGAAAUGACCAUGGGCGAGUUGGCCCUCACAGUACCCAAGGGUAAGCGGAUAAAGCUCCAUGAGCGUGAAGAAGCUGCGGUAGACACAAGUCUACCUGGAGGUUUACCUGGAAGGGAAUCGUCGAAUUUACUCAAUUUGGAUGCGCUCAAUCGCGUACGUUCAUUGUCCGUGUCGUCCGAGGCUGCUGCUUUCGCAGGCUCACUCGUGACACCGCGAGUUCGUAUCGUUGAUGGAGAAAUGGUUGUGCUGGAGAAUACAAUAAAAUUGGGUGACGAGCUGCAGCGCACGGUGGAUUCUCUUGGCGAAGAGAGUGUAGGCGGAGGAACGUCAGGAUUGCCGCCUCGGCACUCGGGUUCACGCUAUACCACUACGUGUUCGGAAGGCCCAGGCAGGCGCUGGGGCAAGGAAGAGACGAAACAGUUUUACUAUUGUCUAAGCCAGGUUGGUCCCAACUUUUCGAUGAUGGCAACGCUGUUUCCAACACGGAAGCGCAAAGAGCUGAAGAGCAAGUUCAAAUCCGAGGAGAAGAACCAUGCCAAAUUGAUCGACAUUGCGUUGCGUGCGUCCACAGCCCCUCUUGAUUCGGAGAUGGUGGACGUUAUAUCUCAAAUGGUCGACAGGGAAGCGCAGCAGAAACAAGGAGCUCUAAAGAAGAAGCGAAAGUCGUCAUUGCAGCUCAAUAGUGGACAGGGCUCCGACACAGCGUCUGUGUCGACUCCGAUGACGAUAUCGCCAAUGUCGACACCUCAGGGAGACACGGAGGAGUUUGUCGAGACACUGAACGAUGAAGAUCUCUUCCCGCUAAACCGCCAUGGCUCGUUCGACUUCAGUGGGUGA